CUGCCGCCCCGCCCCGUCCCGCCGCUGCCCGGCCGCGGCAGGGGCCUCGCCGGCGGCCUGGCUCCUCCCCUCUUCCUCAGGAGCCGGGGAAGCCCCGCAACCAGCCCCUCUUCCUGCCCCCUCCCCCGGUCUCUCUCCCGGUGGGAUGGAAGUCCCCGGUAAUCCUCCUCCCCGGUAGCAGGCGGCGGCCCGAGUCGGUACAAAAUGCUGGGCAUGUACGUGCCGGAUAGGUUUGCCCUGAAGUCAUCAAAAGUGCAGGACGGGAUGGGGCUCUACACGGCCCGCAGAGUGAAAAAGGGUGAAAAAUUUGGACCCUUUGCAGGGGAGAAGCGAAUGCCACAGGAACUGGAUGAGAACACAGACUGCAGGCUAAUGUGGGAGGUUCGUGGGAAUAAAGGUGAGGUCCUUUAUAUCCUGGAUGCAAGCAAUCCACGCCAUUCUAACUGGUUGCGUUUUGUCCAUGAGGCUCCGUCACAGGAACAGAAGAACCUGGCAGCUAUCCAGGAAGGGGAAAAUAUUUUCUAUCUGGCUGUGGAAGAUAUUGAAACAGACACAGAACUUCUGAUUGGGUACUUGGACAGUGAUAUGGAAGAAGAAGAGGAGGAGGAGGAAGUACCUGUUAUCCAGGAAGAUGAAGACAGUGGCAACAAUAAAGAAGUGCAACCAGCUGGUGAGAAAACUGCAGAUCCCCUCACCUGUAAAGAGGACCAUGCAUGCCCAAACUGUGAAUCCAGUUUUGCCAGCCAGGAGAUUCUAGCUGAACAUCUUCAGACUUUGCACCAAAAACCCAGUGAGGAAAAGGAAUUUAAGUGCCGAAACUGUGGAAAGAAAUUUCCUGUUAAACAAGCUCUGCAAAGACAUGUACUUCAGUGCACAGAGAAUAUCAGCCCAGGAGACUCUUCAAGAAGUUUUCAGUGCUCUGUUUGCAAUACUCCCUUCAGCUCAGAAUCGAGUUAUGAACAGCACAAGGAGGCAUGCAGAGGGGAUGCCAGAUUCAUAUGCAAGGCAGACAGCUGUGGCAAGAGGUUCAAGAGUAAGGAUGCCCUGAAGAAACAUAAAGAAAACGUUCACAGUGGAAAUUCUAGGAAGAAGCUGAUGUGUUCAGUGUGCAGUAAGAAAUGUUCCUCAGCAACAAAUCUCCAAGAGCAUCGAAAGGUCCAUGAGAUCUUUGAGUGUCAGGAAUGUGACAAGAAAUUUAUUUCGGCUAACCAGCUAAAACGCCAUAUGAUAACUCAUUCAGAAAAACGCCCCUACACCUGCGAGGUUUGCAAUAAGUCCUUCAAACGACUUGAUCAAGUGACUGCACACAAAAUAAUACACAGUGAAGAUAAACCUUAUAAAUGCAAGCUUUGUGGAAAGGGAUUUGCCCACAGAAAUGUUUACAAGAAUCACAAGAAGGUACAGCACAGACAGCAGCACUGCGAGCUUCCCCACAGUGUCUCAUCAAUAUGUCUCAACCCUGUUCUGGAGGAACCACCUAUUGAGACCCAUUCUGAAGAGAGACCGUUCCAGUGUGAGGAAUGCAAAGCUUUGUUCCGAACCCCAUUCUCUCUACAAAGACAUCUGUUAAUCCAUAACAGUGAGAGAACCUUCAAGUGUGAUCACUGUGAUGCUACUUUCAAAAGAAAGGACACAUUAAAUGUUCAUAUUCAAGUUGUACACGAUGGACAUAAGAAAUACAAGUGUGAUCUCUGUGACAAAGCUUUUGUGACACCCUCAGUCCUGAAGAGUCAUAAAAAAACUCACACAGGAGAAAAAGAGAAGAUUUGCCCAUAUUGUGGACAGAAGUUUGCAAGCAAUGGAACACUGAGAGUUCAUAUUCGAAGCCACACAGGUGAGCGUCCUUACCAGUGUCCUUACUGUGACAAAGCUUUCAGCAAGAAUGAUGGAUUGAAGAUGCAUAUUCGCACCCACACAAGGGAAAAGCCAUACCAAUGUUCAGAGUGUAACAAGGCUUUCAGUCAAAAGCGAGGCCUAGAUGAGCACAUGAGAACCCACACCGGAGAGAAGCCGUUUCAGUGUGAUGUUUGUGAUCUGUCCUUCAGCCUGAAGAAAAUGCUGAUCCGACACAAGCUGACUCACAACCCCAAUCGACCGAUGGCAGAAUGCCAGCUUUGCCACAAGAAGUUUACAAGAAAUGACUACCUCAAAGUGCACAUGGAAAAUGUCCAUGGAGAAACUGACAGCUAAUUACACCAUGUGUGAGAAGGAUGGAUCUCGCCAUUCCAAAGUGCUCCAUUUGUAUGUGUACAGACUCCAGACUUCUCACCUGAUUAGUAAGCAUAGUCAGGAGAAACAACUGUAAUGUGUUCCUGUGUUAUUUUUCCCACUUUUUAAAAAAUAUCCUAGUAGGAUAAAAACCAAAGACAGACAUUGACCUGAUGUAAAACAUACCUUGAAAAUAAAUAGUUGAUGAUAGAAGAACUUUGGGAAUUUAUUUUUUAAUUUUUAACAAGGAUAAAAGCUUUAAGCAAACCUGCUCAGUUACAGCCUUUGAAAGAUAGAUAUUGGUAGCAUUACCUGGAAAUUCUGGACAUUUGGAACAGAACCCCUGGCUGUCUGCAACUGUAUUUCUGUAUCUAAGCUUCAAGACUCUAUUAAAAUUCUUUAAUUCGAAACCACAUAGAA